ACAGUUGUCAAAGUGCUUUUGCCAGAGCGGUCACAUAAUCAACCUGAAACAAGAAGAUAAAUACUGUACACUUUUUAAUUUUAUCGAUCCUUAAAAACUGGACACUCAAAGCUGCGCAAACCAUGCAGGAUGAUUUACUGAUGGACAAAAGCAAAACCCAGCCCCAGCCCCAGCAGCAGCGGCAGCAGCAGCAGCCCCAGCCCGAGCCCAGCACAGCCGAAGCCCCGUCCACGCCCCUCUCCUCAGAGACCCCCAAGCCAGAGGACAGCAGCGCAGUGCCGGCGCUCAGCUCCGCUGCGGCCCCGCCGGCCCCCAACGGCCCGGACAAGAUGCAGAUGGAAUCGCCGCUCCUGCCGGGCUUGAGUUUCCACCAGCCGCCUCAGCAACCGCCGCCACCGCAGGAGCCCGCGGCUCCUGGCACGUCGCUGUCGCCGUCCUUCGGCAGCACCUGGUCCACGGGCACCACGAAUGCAGUAGAGGACAGUUUCUUCCAGGGGAUCACCCCAGUCAACGGGACCAUGCUCUUCCAGAACUUCCCGCACCACGUCAACCCAGUCUUCGGAGGCACCUUCUCCCCGCAGAUCGGCCUGGCGCAGACCCAGCACCACCAGCAGCCGCCACCGCCUCCCGCGCCGCAGCCCGCGCAGCCCGCGCAGCCUCCGCAGCCACAGCCCCCGCAGCAGCGCCGGUCGCCCGCCAGCCCCAGCCAGGCGCCCUACGCUCCGAGGAGCGCAGCCGCGGCGUACGGCCACCAGCCCAUCAUGACCAGCAAGCCGUCCUCGUCCUCUGCCGCCGCGGCUGCUGCGGCGGCCGCCGCCGCCUCGUCUGCUUCAUCCAGCUGGAACACGCACCAGAGCGUGAACGCUGCCUGGAGCGCGCCGUCCAACCCGUGGGGCGGCCUGCAGGCAGGCCGGGACCCUCGCCGGGCGGUCGGUGUGGGCGUGGGCGUGGGCGUUGGGGUGCCUUCGCCGCUCAACCCCAUCUCGCCGCUCAAAAAACCUUUCUCCAGCAAUGUGAUCGCGCCUCCCAAGUUCCCCCGCGCGGCCCCGCUCACCUCCAAGCCCUGGGUGGAGGAUAACGCUUUCCGGACCGAUAAUGGUAACAAUCUGUUGCCAUUUCAGGACCGGAGUAGGCCUUAUGACACUUUUAACUUGCACUCCUUGGAGAACUCUUUAAUGGAUAUGAUAAGGACUGAUCAUGAGCCUCUGAAAGGACGCAUGGGAAUAAAUUUCCACCAUCCAGGAACAGAUAAUAUUAUGGCACUUAACAGUCGGUCUUCUCUCUUUCCCUUUGAAGAUGCCUUCCUGGAUGACAGCCAUGGCGAUCAGUCCUUACCAUCUGGUUUAAGUUCUCCCACUCGCUGUCAAAAUGGGGAACGGGUGGAACGCUACUCUAGAAAGGUGUUUGUUGGAGGCCUUCCUCCUGAUAUUGAUGAAGAUGAGAUCACUGCCAGUUUUCGCAGGUUUGGACCUCUCGUGGUAGACUGGCCUCACAAAGCUGAAAGCAAGUCCUAUUUUCCUCCUAAAGGCUAUGCCUUCUUGCUGUUCCAGGAAGAGAGUUCAGUACAAGCUUUGAUAGACGCCUGCCUCGAAGAAGAUGGGAAACUGUACCUGUGUGUGUCAAGCCCCACCAUCAAGGAUAAACCGGUGCAAAUUCGACCGUGGAACCUAAGUGACAGUGACUUUGUAAUGGAUGGUUCUCAGCCUUUGGACCCCAGAAAAACUAUCUUUGUUGGGGGAGUUCCACGACCCCUUCGAGCUGUUGAACUGGCAAUGAUCAUGGACCGUUUGUAUGGUGGUGUCUGCUAUGCUGGCAUUGAUACAGACCCAGAGCUGAAGUACCCCAAAGGUGCUGGCCGUGUGGCAUUCUCCAAUCAGCAGAGUUACAUUGCAGCCAUCAGUGCUCGCUUUGUGCAGCUCCAACACAAUGACAUUGACAAACGGGUGGAAGUGAAGCCAUAUGUGCUGGAUGAUCAGAUGUGUGAUGAGUGCCAGGGCACGCGCUGUGGCGGGAAGUUUGCCCCGUUCUUCUGUGCCAACGUCACCUGUCUGCAGUAUUACUGCGAAUACUGCUGGGCGAGCAUACAUUCUCGUGCCGGGCGGGAGUUCCACAAACCGCUGGUGAAGGAGGGAGGAGAUCGCCCUCGCCACGUCCCGUUCCGCUGGAGCUGAGCCCAGGGCAGACCCAGCCACAGCACUGGAACAGAUAACAAGGAGGGAAAGGAGAGGGCACUGCCUCAGGGCUCACAGUGUUCUGGAAAUCUGUGCAUUCGUUCUUGAUUUGUAAAGAAGAAAUGGGUCUUUUUUAUUAUUAUUAUUAUUUACAGUCAUAUUACUGAACUCAGUGUCCAGUAUAAUGCAAAACUGCGGAGUGUAUAAUGGUACUGAUUUGCACUUUGACUCACACCUUCGUCUGCUUGGUACCUUAAUUUCUUACACCUGACUGUCACUAGUGACGUAUGUAGACUGCCAUUCUCAUCAGCGGCCAUCAGGUUGAUGUCUGUGACUCUUCUGUUUGUUGUUGUGGUGGUGUUGUUCUGAUUGUUUUUGAACUGGAGCAUGCACUUAUUUUCAGAAACUUCGAGAGUUGCCCCUAGGAGAAGACUUACCAAAGGUGAUACUCGUGAGUAGGUGGCAGAUGUAGCAAAAACUUCACAACAACUCAGCAAUCAUUAGUUGGGGUCAUUCAGAGUAAGGAUAACCCUUAAUGAGAAUAAGCCUUUAGUUGCUCUCUAUUUUGACUUGUAAGGAUACCUCAUAAGCUGGAUCUUUCUUUUUCCUUCAUGUUUGAUUUUUGUUUUGCUGAGGAUUUUGGUUAGAUCUUUUAGUGUUAUGUAAAUUUAUGCUGCAAUAGCUUUUGCUGCUAUGAAAAUGGUAUUAUUAAUACCAUAAUCCUCUAUUCAGGCUAAGGUAUCAAUUUAAAAAAAAAUCCAACAACACACUUUUGUGACUUAGGGAUAGAGUCAGCUGCCGAAAGGAGAUCAGAGUAGUAGACUUCAGAAAGCUUCAGUGGAAGGUCAAUAUUUCUGACUGCAUGUUUACUUAAUCAGGUUGCUGCAUGCAAUAAAUUUUAUAUCCAAUGUCUAGUAUAAAACCUUCCCACGAUGCACAAAUUAAGAAUCUAUAUAAGCUAUAUAAGCUAUAAAAUACUCAUUUUUUAAAAGAAGAUUUUUUUCAUUCAAAGAAUUGGUAAUUGACUGGAGGAAGGCAUGCCUCAAUAAAUGGAAUGCUUCUGAAACUAGAAAGAGCCCAUAACAGAAUGACCUAUAUUACAACCAAUAUAAAACCUAGGUGUAGGAUAUUCAAGCAAAUUUGUGGAUGGUAGAUGAAGUACUUUGCGGUGCUCUGUUAUAUAUAUUGUGCAAUUUAUUUUAUAUAGUAAAGUGAUUAUGUCUAACUGUGAUCAAACUUAACUGUUUAAAGCCUCUGUGUCAGACAUUAACAAAUUUGACAGUUCAUAACUGGUAUAUUAUUAACUAACACAUGAGCUCUUAGUCACAAUCUCCUAGUGCUUGCACCAUUUUACAUAUAGCUUCAAACCUUGUCCAGAAAACCAAAGAGCUCAUCUUAGCUUACAAACACUAGGAAUAUAUACAGUAUAGAGAGAUAAGUUGUCAGAUUGACAAACUAGGCACAUUUUAAGAAAGUUGGGUAAUGGUGAUGCUAAAGAAAUGUCUGUACAGAAUAACAUGGUCUGGGUGGAGUUGGUUGUCUGGGUGAGACAUUAACUACUUAAUUCCCUGGAUUUAUCCUGUAAAGCUUGAAUAGAAUUCAGACCUGCUAGAACUACCGUAGACAUUUUUUUAGCAUUCACUCUUGGGCUACAGACAGUAAUAAUAACACACACAAUGAUUGUGAGAAUAUGUCAAUCUUUUUUUAAUACUUCUUCCUAUGUUUUGGAAUUCUGGGGACAAUCUGACUGGAUAUGACACUGCAGAGUAGAUUUAAGUGUCUGUUUUAUGUGCUGUGAUGUCCUUGUUCUGUGUUUGGUUACUAUUUGCUUGUUUUUAUUUUGUUUGUUUCUCCAGUGUUUAGUUGCAAUUACCGGCUUUCAAGCUAGAGUUUGUUUUCAAAAAGGAAAAACAACAUAGUUUUUUACUGGAUUGAAAAUGCUUACUAGAAUCCUCCCCAGUUGAGGUUACCUCUGGGCUUUUGGGUAAACUGCUUUUUUCCAGCCUAGGUGUGGUUUUCUUUCUUUUUCUUUUCUUUCUUCUUUUUCUAUGUUUGUGGGUUUUUUUUCGUCUGUACAAGAAAUUUUAUUAUGCACUACCACUUUUUGUAUUCUAGGCAGUUUUCAAAAGUUGGCUGAAGAUUUUUUGUUUGUUUGUUUUUAAGGAAAAAGGCAUGCUUUCUGACUGACAUGAUCUUUUGCAAUACCUCAAUUUUGAAAUAUAGGAAAGAAAAUGAUAUUUUCUAAGUAAGUUUAUUCAGAAAAAUAUAUAUUAAUUUAAUUCUGCAAGAAAAAUGAUUUAACAGAUGGGUAACUUUAUUUUUUUCAUGCUUAUUUGUGUUUUUUGAAAAUGAAGUUAGAGCUUUAUAACUAUAACAUUAAAGAUCAUAUCUAACCUACAGAAAUCUACCUAAUUAUGUGAAAGAAGCAAAACUUUUUGAAGAAGCACCCCUCUUUCAUGUACUAAAAUAAUACUGAGAGAUUUAAAAAAAAAAAAAAAAGCUGGAAGAUUGCACAGCAUAAAGCUAAAGUGAAAGUGAAAAAACCUUGUCACAAAGAACAGGUUACAUAAAAUCAACUCCAUUUGGUGCUGAAAGUUGUGAAUAGAUGGUGGAAACUACUUUCCCUUAAUUUGUAUAUUUAUAAUCAAGCAUUGAUUGUGCACGACUGACCAGGAUUGUGAAAGAGUUCUUCUGUUUGUAUUUUUUUAAAGAGAACUUUUUUAGUUUAUUAAAUUAUAACAUGUUCCCUUUUGUUUUGUAAAUAAAUGUGCCCCCAAGUUGUUAAUGUUAUAUUAAAAGAGAGGGUCCUUCAAAAAAAAAAUUAUUUUUUAAAACACAGAGGUGUUCUGACCUGCAACUUGACUGGGAAGCCCCUGGGUAACACAGGUCCUGUUGUGGCCUUUCCUUGGUGUGACACUUGAACUAGUCGAUUUUUUGAAGGCUAUAACCUAACCUCGACUCUUUGUUGUUAUGUGCAAUACUGUUUGUACUGUUUGUAUAAAAAAUAGAAAAAAAAAAAAGAAAAGAAAAAAGGCAUAAAUCUUUAUUGCAGAUUUAUUUUCAUUGCAAACUUUAGACAUUGUGAUUCACUGAAAUCAUUUUUCUACUGUCAAAUAUGUACCUUUUCUUCAUGCUGGUAUUUUUUCAAUAGUAAUGUAGCCUUUGUACUGAGACAAAUUUUCAUUGUUAUUUUUAGAAAGAUUUUUUGCUAAGAAAAAAAUUAAACAUAUUUACAUAUUUUUCAUUUUAUUUCGUAUUUUCUUUAAGGAGUGCUUUCUCAAUCAUUAAUAGAGUUGUUUCUGGGAGGGACUUUCAUAUCUGGUCAAUGUCAUAAUAUUAUUUUGUAUUUUUACUUGGAAUAAAUUAAUUUUAUGAUGCUAAUUCUUUAAAAGUUUAUUUUUUUCAUUUUCAGUUAUUUUUGAAGCUAAAACCUUUGUAAUAUUGUUACUAAAGUGUCUAGUUUUUUGAAAUGCAAAGCUUUAUGUAUUAACUUGCUGAUGUGGUUUACAAUAGUGUGACAACGAUGAAAAUGGUUGGUUAUGUAAAGUGAUUGGAAAAUGUAAUGGAUAAUUGGGUAAUAAAAUGACAGAAUGAAGCAGAA